CGGAGAUGGAAAUGAGACAUCGAGCCGUGAACCACGCCCGGAAUGUGUGGGACAGGGCCGUUACAAUUUUGCCCCGGGCGGAUCAGUUCUGGUACAAAUACGCGUACAUGGAGGAGAUGCUGGGCAAUAUAGCGGCAUGCAGACAGGUAUUCGAAAGGUGGAUGAAAUGGGAGCCUUCCGAGCAAGCCUGGCAAUCGUACAUCAAUAUGGAACUGCGAUACGACGAGGUAGAUAGCGCUCGCACGGUCUACGAGCGCUUUGUGGUGGUGCAUCCUGAACCCAGCAAUUGGAUCAAAUGGGCCAAAUUCGAGACCCAGAACAGACAAUUUGCCAAAUGCCGUCAAGUUUAUGAGAAUGCGAUGCAGUUCUUUGGAGAUGACCACAUGUCUGAGACGCUCUUCAUAGCCUUCGCGAAGUUUGAGGAGACGUCGAAGGAGUUUGAACGCGCACGGGCCAUCUACAAAUAUGGACUGGAGAAGAUGGGCAAGGAAACCGCGUCGAACUUGUUUAAGGCAUACAACCAGUUUGAGAAGAAGCAUGGUGACAGAGCGGAGAUGGAAAACGUGCUCAUGAGUAAGCGAAGGUUAGGUUACGAGAAGAAAAUCGAGCAAUUCCCGUCGAAUUACGACACUUGGUUUGAUUUGAUACGGCUGGAAGAGGCUACCGGUGAUGUGGAGAAAACUCGUGAUACCUAUGAACGAGCCAUUGCCAAUAUACCCCCUGUCCAGGAGAAACGGCUGUGGAAGCGCUACAUCUACCUGUGGCUCAACUACGCCGUCUAUGAAGAGCUGGAUGUAGAAGACCACGAACGCGCCAGAGAGGUGUACAGGGCCUGCCUGGGCAUCAUCCCACACAAGGUGUUCACAUUUGCGAGCAUCUGGCUGCACUUUGCACGGUUUGAGAUCAGGCAGAAGAAUCUGACCCAGGCCCGAAAGAUUCUGGGCCAGGCCAUUGGCAGGUGUCCGAAGGAUAAGCUGUUCAAAGGCUACAUUGAGCUCGAGAUGAAGCUGCGUGAGUUCGACCGCUGUCGUGUACUGUACGAGAAGUUCCUGGAGUUUAAUCCGGCCAAUUGCCAAACGUGGAUCAAAUACGCUGAGCUGGAGACGGCUUUGGGUGAUUUGGAACGUGCGCGCGGGCUGUUCCGGUUGGCGGUGGACCAACCGGUGCUGGAUAUGCCCGAAGUCUUGUGGAAGGUACUGUCUGUCAAGUGUUUGUUUUGUUCUUAUGUGCUCGUUUGGCUCGCCUAUGCGACCUUUGAAGCCAGUGUAUCCAACGAAACGAACGCCAUCGCACGCGCACGGCACGUGUACGAAGAAGCAGACAAGCACAUGAAGGACAACGAUCUAAACGAAGAGCGUGUGCUUGUGCUGGAGACCUGGUUGAAGUUUGAGCGCAGUAAAGGCUCGGCAGACUGGGUGGACAGUGUAGGUAAGAAAAUGCCCAAGAAGGUCAAGAAGCGCCGAUUGGUGGACGAGGAGGUAGGGCCCAGUGCUGGAUAUGAGGAGUACUUCGACUACAUAUUCCCAGAUAAGAGCGACGGAACAAGCAAUCUCAAGCUGCUGCAAAUGGCACACAUGUGGAAGAAGAAGCAGGCGGCGCUGAAAGAGGCACAGGCGCAGACGCAGACGCAGACGCAGACUGUCGACCAGCCCAAGGGGUCGGAGGAAGGGGAUGGGCAAGAGUAG